AUGGACAUGGAGCAGCUCUCUUACGGAAGCUUCGGCUCGAUCGCCAUAGCCACGAUACUCUUCUCGCUGGUUCUGAGGCUGGCUCUGGGUGGUAAGGACACCGGAGUCAAGCUUCCCCCAGGUCCAUGGAACCUUCCCGUCAUCGGCAGCCUCCACCACCUCGCCAGCACGAAGCUGCUGGCGCACCGCGCCUUGCUCAGCCUGUCGCGCCGGCACGGCCCGCUGAUGCUGCUCAAGCUCGGCGAGGUUUCCACAGUUAUCGCGUCCACUCCCGAGGCUGCCAUGGAGGUGCUGAAGACGAACGACCUGGCCUUGGCGAUCCGUCCGAGCGGCCCCACGGUGGACGCUAUCAGCUCCGGCGGCAAAGGCCUCAUCUUCGCGCCCUACGGCGAGCACUGGCGGCAGAUGCGCAAGGUAUGCAUUGUGGAGCUUCUCGGCACGAGGCAGGUGUGGCGUAUCGAGUCCAUCAUUCAGGACGAGGUGGCGUACCUCGUCGAGUCCGUCGCUGCUGCGCCUUCGGUCGUCAAACUCGGCGAGGCGCUGGCCCAGCUGACGAGCAACGUCAUCGCGAGGGCGGCGUUCGGCAGCAAGUGCCCGCAGCAGGAGGAGUACCUCCGGGAGCUCGAAAGGAUGACUAAUCUCCUGGGAGGGUUCAGCCUGGUGGACCUGUUCCCGUCGUCUCUGCUGGUGCGGUGGCUGAGCGGCAGCGAGCGCGACAUGAGGAGGAGCGUGGGCCGGGUGCACAGAAUUCUGGGAGACAUCAUCGAUAAGCGCAAGGAGAAGAAACCAAGCACCUCUGCUGCCAUAAGAGACGACGAGGACCUGCUGGACGUGCUCCUCAGGCUGCAGAAGGAAGACACUCUCCGCAUACCCCUGACGUCGGAGAUCAUCAGCGCCGUCCUCUUCGACAUAUUUGGAGCUGCUACCGACACCACCGCUGUUACGUUAGAAUGGGCCAUGGCAGAGCUCAUCCGCAACCCGCACGUGAUGGCAAGGGCGAAACUCGAAGUCCGAGAGAGGCUCGGAAAGGGAAGAUCCACGGUCACGAGCGCAGACCUCGGCGACCUCCGCUACCUCCGGAUGGUUAUCAAGGAGACGCUAAGGCUUCACCCCGCCUCGGCGCUCAUCCACCGGUCGAGCCAGCAGAAUUGCCAGGUCAUGGGCUACGACAUACCCAAGGGCACCACUUUCACGAUAAACGCCUUCGCGGUAGGGAGGGACCCGACGCACUGGGGGAAGGACGCGGCCGAUUUCUUGCCGGAGAGGUUCGAGGAGAGCGGCGCCAGCAGCGUAGAGUACAAGCAGGGGACGCAGAUGGAGUUCAUCCCGUUUGGAGCGGGCCGUAGGCAGUGCCCAGGAGCCCUGUUCGCCACCACCACCAUCGAGUUCGUGCUGGCUAACCUCUUGUACCACUUCGACUGGGCGGUUCCGGACGGGGCGGGCCCGGACGCGCUGGACAUGAGCGAGGUGUUUGGGAUCGUCUUGCGCCCCAAGUCCAGCCUCUGCGCGGAGGCGGUCAGAAGCUCGCACUCUGCAGAAGCACUAGUGUGCGUGUCUUAGAAAUGGCAGCUAACAUCCCAGAACCUUU